AUGAGAAGUGCUACAGCCAUUACCAGUGACCAUGUUGGAAUUACAGAAGCAGGCACAAGGAAGAGGGCCCAUACUUUCCAUCCAAAUAGCAUAAGCCUACUCAAAAACCAACUCACUACUCUGGAUCUUAGUCGGGAAGAAAGCACUGUUGAUAAUGAGACUACUUUUGCAGACGUUAUGUUGGAACAUUCUGAUACUGGAUCAGCUGAAGGCUAUGAGGAACAAAUUGUGCAUUCUACUUCUUGCCAAAUCAUCGAGGAAAACGAUCAAGAAAGUGAAUUUACACCUAUGUUACAAUACCAAGAGGAUCCAGCUGAUGAGAGCAUACAAAGUUUAACAGUACAAUUCAAUGAAACUCGGGAAGAUUACUUGUCACAGGCAAAUGCCGAUGAAUUGAUUGACCUACAGUUGAUGAAUGACGAAUCUGUCCCAUGCCGGAACAUAGAGGAACAGGAAGCCCCUAUGCAAGCAAUACAUAUACCUUUAAAAGAUCUAAUAUACAGGACUAACAAAGAGUUCUAUAAUAUAGACUCGAAUAAAGUCAAAUUCAAAGCCGGAUUAACAAAGAGAAAUAAACAAUUGUUGCCCAGUCUUCACCCUAAACUCGCUCCAGGGAAACAAUCCAAGUAG